AUGGCUGAUCUCUCGCUCGGCCCCUUGAGGAUCGCGAAUCCUGAUGACGCUGCCCCGGACACCCCAUUGCAGCCUCAGCCUGCGGUCGGUACCUUCCCGCAGAUAUCGCCUAUGAUCGACGGCAAUGGAAGACCAGAUUAUCUUUCUGUGGCGCCCGGGCGAUCCUAUAGUCCUGUAUCUCCCCUAUCAAGCGUUAUGGCAGAAGAAGUCCCUUCGCAAGCGGCAGCGGCGGCAUCGUCGGACGGCUUUCCCAGUUCCACCACUCCAGCCUCGAACCAGAAUCAGCGCCUACCGGAGCGUCCUUCCCAGCGUCAAAAUAUCCCUCCUACCUACCAAGAUCAGCAACAAGCGCAAUUCCCUCAGUAUCCGACGAUGGUUCCCCAGAAUUUGCACGAUUCCCGAUCGAACGCUGGCCGACCUGGUUCCGUCUAUUACACGCAGGUGCCUGUCAAUGGAGCAUCGAGUAAUGGUGUAUCGCGACAAGGCUCGUACCGGGUUCGGAGUGACGGUUCGGCUUCCAGCGGAUUUCCUCAGCGGACAUCGUCGAAACGGUCAGGAAUGGGAGAUGUGGCCGGGGUACCCUCAAGAGACGAUACUCAUACUGAAAGAGCGUACGGUCAGGGGCAGUACACAACCGGGAAUGCUCCGGUUCCUCCGCGGCGAACAUCUCGAGGCGUGGCUGGUCCCCGUAUGGGAACCACACCGACUGGCACUACUCCACCAUCCACCUCGGCCAAAUCGUCACAAAACCCAUUAUCCACCUCGCCAUACAACACGGAAGACCGUCCUCUAAGCAGUUCGGAGGAGUGGCAGGAACGCGGUGCGGCUGUUGGGAUCAAGCGAGAGUAUGAUGCGGAGGGCCGGCCGGUCCUCAAAGCGGUCAAGAAAGGUGUGAAAGACUUCAACUUUGGUCAGACCCUCGGUGAGGGCUCCUACAGUACUGUUCUUGCCGCCACGGACCGCCAGAGCGGGAAGCAAUAUGCCAUUAAAGUGCUCGACAAAAGACAUAUCAUAAAAGAGAAAAAGGUCAAAUACGUCAAUAUUGAGAAGGACACACUGAAUCGGCUGACGGACCAUCCGGGAGUGGUGAGACUUUACUACACAUUUCAAGAUGAGAGGUCAUUAUAUUUUGUCCUGGAUUUAUGUCCUGGCGGUGAACUGUUGGGUGUGCUCAAACGGAUGUCCACGUUUGAUGAAGAAUGCACCCGGUUCUAUGGGGCGCAAAUCCUGGAUACAAUCGAGUAUAUGCACAGCCGCGGGGUCAUACAUCGAGACCUGAAGCCAGAGAAUCUCUUGCUGGAUGAGAACAUGCACAUCAAGGUGACCGACUUUGGCACGGCGAAACUUUUACCGGAAAAGAGGACUGCUGAUGGCAGAAUUGAAUUUGAACCGGAUUCUACUUCGGAGGAAAACAGGGCCAACUCAUUCGUGGGCACUGCGGAAUAUGUGAGCCCGGAACUACUGACAGACAAGAACGCUUGCAAGGCCAGUGACUUGUGGGCCUUUGGCUGCAUCAUCUACCAACUCUUAGCCGGCCGACCGCCGUUCAAGGCCGGCAACGACUAUCAGACCUUUCAGAAGAUCGUCAACCUCGACUAUGAGUUUCCUCGAGGCUUUCCAGAGGUUGCCCGUGAUCUGGUGGAGCGGUUACUUGUCCUGGACCCUCAGAGGCGGUUAUCUCUGGAACAUGCCAAAAACCAUGCCUUCUUUGCUGGCAUACAAUGGGGUCGGGGUUUAUGGCAACAAAAAGCCCCUCGGUUGAAACCGUAUGUCCCCCCACCACAACCGCCGAUAAAGUUGAACGGAAACCAUGCUCAAAACAAUUACCUUCCCGACGUCCCUUCUCACAGCACCCACUCGACCAUGCUCCCGCCGAACAACCAGAAGCCACAUCCGAGAGUCAUCACCCAACUACCUCCCCCUAGCCAGUUGGAUAUUGAAUGGUCUCCGGUUCUUACACGAAGCAAUGAGAGGAUCCUUAAGCUGGGUAACUUGUCUGUGGUCUCGUCACCGAAUCCUCACAGCCCGCACGGAAAUGAGGGUGGAGGCAAGUUGGCCAGACUGUUCGGCGGGAGUAACACGAAAAAGCGGCAACGCCUCGUCAUGGUCACAUCAAGUGCACGCAUCAUCAUUGCUCCUGCUGGUGGAGAGGAGAAGAAGUCCAAGUCGGAAAUCUCGCUCCUUGCGCCGGGGACAGAGUUUUCCAGCGCUACAGACUCUAAGGGGGUGACCCAGUGGAUAGUCAACACACGGGAUCGACAUUAUGUCUUCGAAGAUCCGAAGCCAGCCUCUAACGAUCCCAUGGCGACUGCUGUGUCGGCUCAAGAAUGGCUGGACGCCUUAGUACGUGCUCGGGAAAUUGCAACAUCUAUGCAGAACUCCAGUAAUACCUAUUCGAAUGAUGACACUCUCAACUUGUCGUCUUCGGCGCUGUCCAGUCAUGCGAGCACUAUCGACCAAUCUACAGAUAUAAGCCCUCACUCUGCCAGCCACGGGCACACAGGACGAAUGAUACUACACAAGCAACACUCCGGUGGCGAUACCGAGUCGCUCAAAGGGCGAAAGCGCUUCAGCAAGCGACAGUCUAAGAGCGGCUUGACCGCAGUGUUUUGA